AAUCGAGGACAUUUCUGUUUUCUUUCAAAACCUCCCUUCAUUUCGUCUUUUACAUCCUCAGUGCGUUGCCACGGGUCCACUCAUCUUCUAUCUUUUAUUCAUCAGACAAUGAAAAGAUAUUGUCAGACUUCGGAACAGCCUUUGUAGCAACUUGGAAAAAUACACACAACUACAGAGUGUGGAACAGCAACAAGCAUCCUGCUCUUGCAGAGGUAAAUUCUAGCCACCCAUUCCAGGGCCAAUAUUCUGUAUCAGAUGUAAAGUUAAGAUUGUCACACUCUGUCCAGAACAGUGAACGUGGCAAGAAAAUUGGAACUGCUAUGAUCAAUACCAGCCGGAAUGUUGUGCAAACAGGAAAAGCUGUAGGUAAGAAAUUUACUGGUCUGUAACCAGGUUGAAAGAGUGUGCAGCUAGCUGGAUACUAUGGGCAUGACAUGCCAUGGUUA